AUGGCUUCGCACAAAAUCCAAAAGGCCAAUGCCGCCCCUGCUGACGAGACUGAACUCGCUGUUGCCCAAGCUCUUGUUGACUUGGAGUCCAGUGUCCCUGAGCUCCGUGCUCUCGUUAUCUCUAGCGCCAAGGAGGUCGAACUCGGUGCUGGUAAGAAGGCUCUUGUCAUCUUUGUUCCCGUCCCCAUGCUCAAGAGCUUCAACAAGAUUCAACAAAAGCUCACUCGUGAACUCGAAAAGAAGUUCUCUGAUCGUCAUGUUGUCUUUGUUGCUCAACGUCGUAUCUUGGCUGUUCCUGGUCGUCGUAACAACGGUAAGCAACCCCGUCCCAGAUCUCGUACUUUGACCGCUGUCCACGAUGCCAUCUUGGACGAUAUGGUUUACCCUACCGAAAUUGUCGGUAAGAGACUUCGUCAAAAGGUUGAUGGCUCCAAGACCCUCAAGGUUUUCCUUGAUGCUAAGGAUGCCACCUCUCUCGAGUACAAGCUCGAUACCUUCUCUGCUGUUUACAAGAAGCUCACUGGCAAGGAUGUCGUCUUUGAGUUCCCUGCUAACGCCGAUCUCUUCUAA